AUGGCACCAUGUGAGAGGGCACCAGGUGAGAGGGCACCAUGUGAGAGGGCACCAUGUGAGAGGGCACCAUGUGAAAGGGCACCAUGUGAAAGGGCACCAGCUAGGUGGGCAUUAGGUGAGAGGGCACCAUGUGAGAGGGCACCAGGUGAGAGGGCAUCAGGUGAGAGGGCAUCAAUUGAGAGGGCACCGGGUGAGAGGGCACCGGGUGAGAGGGCACCAGGGCACCAAGUCAGGGCACCAGGUCAGGGCACCAAGUCAGGGCACCAAGUCAGGGCAUCAGGUGAGAGAGCACCAGGUGAGAGGGCACCAGCUAGGUGGGCACCAUGUGAAAGGGCACCAUGUGAGAGGGCACCAUGUGAGAGGGCACCAGGUGAGAGGGCACCAGGUCAGGGCACCAAGUCAGGGCACCAGGUCAGGGCACCAGGUCAGGGCACCAGGUCAGGGCACCAGGUGAGAGGGCACCAAGUCAGGGCACCAGGUCAGGGCACCAGGUCAGGGCACCAGGUCAGGGCACCAGGUCAGGGCACCAGGUCAGGGCACCAUGUGAGAGGGCACCAUGUGAGAGGGCACCAGGGGAGAGGGCACCAGGGGAGAGGGCACCAGGUGAGAGGGCACCAAGCCAGGGCACCAGUUCAGGGCACCAGGUGA